AGCUGUAACUUCCGCAUCGCUCUUAAACACUCGUCUCUCUGAAAGAUGUCUCACUGUUUGAGGAGGUUCUGCUGAGCUGGUUCUGGGUGGUUCUGGGUUCUGAUUGGUUCUGAGAGGGUCAGCUGGUCCUGCACUACACUGGGAGCAGUGGGGAACUCUGGAUGUGUUGCUGAGAAGAAACUUCUACAGGAUAUUCUACAGGAUAUUCUACAGGGUUUAGAGCAGCAGGGUACCAACCAGAAACAUGGUACCGGUCCAGGACGGGUCCAACUCGGACAGAUUACGCGUCCCGCAUCAAGAGUCUCACUCGACGAGUCCGGGAUCAUCUCGCAGGCAGAGACAGGGAUCUCCGGCUCGGAAGCUGGGGAUGACGAGGAGACAGAAGGACAGAAAGGACUUUAAAGAUCCAGAAAAUCCAGAAGAACGAGAGAAACGGCACAAAGAGCAAGAGCUGAAACCGUUAUAUAAGGAGCUUCUGUACACCAUUAAGCACAGACUGGGGAAACCGAGCGGCGACGCCCAGUAUAGCGCCACCCAGCUGCAGGACUAUAUUAAAGAGGCUUUUGGAAUGACGGACGCUGAGCACGAGAGCCUGAGUGAAAAAGUCCAGAGUUCACAGCGGCCAGUUUACUGUCUUAAGGUAACGGUCAAGGAGGCCAAAGGGAUUCUGGGAAAGGACAUCAGUGGGUUUAGUGAUCCGUAUUGUCUGCUGACCAUCAUGAAUAAAGACCAGGAGGGGAAGAGCAGCAGCGCUCCUUCUAAACCUCAGAAAGCCGUGGUGAAGGACUCCGCCCAGCAGGGGGAGGUGUUCCAAACCGACAUCAAGAAACAGACACUCAACCCGGUCUGGGACCAAACCUUCGCACUGGUGUUUCAGGAUUUAUCAUCCAGCAAUUUUCAUCUGGAGAUGUGGGAUAAAGAUGAGGAAGUGUCGCUCGUCCAGAAAUUUGACGAGUUCCGGACAAACUUCCAUGGCCUAAAAAGGAUGAUAAAAGAUGCGAAAAAGGAAAAAGGAACAGAUGAUUUUCUGGGGAAUGUUGUUCUGAAACUACAGGACCUGCACUGUACAGAAGACCGAUGGUGCAUCCUCCACCCCCGGACCGAGACGUACCCAGACCGCGGGCAGUGCCACCUCCAGUUCAAAUUCAUCCAUAAGGAAAGGGAUGAGACGCUGAGCGCCGGGCGAAGUGCUUACGUGAACUAUAGUGGCAUCCUGCAGCAGUUCGUUCACGCCCACAUCUCCAAACAACAGGACAGCAGCCCCUGGAAGGGUGGUUUAUGUGGUGAGGGAACCACCCUGCUGGAGCACUACGCCGCCCAGAACGACAUCUCCCCCUUCCUGCAGGACCUGGCGAAGUGGGUGGCCUACAGUAAACUCUAUCAGAGUUUGGAGGUGGAUUCUACAGUGCUGUUUCAGCAGUUAACCAGUAUUGAAUACCACUGGGACCAGCAGGAGCUCCCAUACCAGCAGAAACAGGAGCUGGGUGAUUCUCUUCACGGUUUUCUUCAGUACGGUCUUUGUUUAGUGUCUAAAUAUCGGGACAUCUUCCCCCCGACGCCCAAAACCACGCCCCGCCUGCACACGCUGCUCAGAGUGUUGGUGCAGAUCUGUAAGACUCGAGCGUUUCAGAAGUUGAACCCGGCUCAGGUUGAUCUGCACGACGAGGUGAUUGAUGCAGUGCUGAACGGUACAGAGGAGUGGUUCAACAUUAAGAAGGGGCUUCAUCAGCCCAUGACCAAGGAUCUGCAGGACAGUGUGGGCGCCCUCUCCAGGCUGAUCGGGGAAGUGCAGGAAGAUAUUCGGCUCAGUAAAGACGUGUGGAACCGAGUAUUCGUCAGUGCCGUGCAGUUAGACGUGUUUACUGUAGUUUAUCAGAAGCUGGACGCUCUGCUGGCGGAUGAGCUGAGGGCUACUCUGCUGCAGUUGGAGAAUAAUAUGGAUCAGUCGUUGGCGAACAGUCUGUUUCCGGUUUAUUUGAGUCUGCAGGUCAUUCAUAAAGAUAAAGCCUUCCUCCAGAAAAGAGGGAAGACGCUGCAGUUGACGAGUUUUCAUGAGGAUUUCCGGGAGGCUCUUCCUUAUUGGCUGAAUAAAGCCUUCAGCACCACGUCAGAGCGAGUAGAGAAAGCUGUACAGGUGGAUCAGCUGCAGCCGCUGCAGACUGGAUCAGUACCCAUAAAGCACAGCUCGUCGGCGGUGGACCUGGCCGCCUGCCUGCAGCCCAUCUGCCAGCUCUGGGAGCAGCUGGGCUGGCCCGACUCGGAGGAGGGCUUCAUGCUGAUGGUCAAACUCACAGAGGAUAUCUGUAAGAUUGCAUCGACGUACUGCCGGCUGCUGAAGGCUCGGGUGAAGGAGCUGUCGGAUAAAUCAGACCCCGGCAUCGCGAUAAACAUGUUGUGUGUGGUGGUGAAUAAUUUGGAGCACCUGCGUUCGGUGUUAAACCGCCUCCCUCAGCAGCUGAACUGGGCGGGGCUUCGGGAGAGAACGCGGAAUGUGAUUGGAGAAACCCAGUUCCAGAACACGCUGCACUCGCAGCUACAGCACACCCAGGCCGUCCUUAACCGAGAGAUACGCUCAGCUGUCGACACGCUGGGGAAGAAGAUGCACACCGAUAUUGAGAAGUUCGUCCGCAGUAUGGCCACACGCCACCGGCUGCCCUCCAGAUCCACAGAGGACGCGGUGCACCCCUUGAUGCGCUACCUGGAGGAGGAGCUUCAGUUUAUGAACGAAAAUCUGGUUCAGGAGAAUUUUAACAGUCUGCUGAUGCCGCUGUGGACAAAUUCAGUGAAGGUUCUGCACCAGAUCUCUCAGCAGGAGGACAGCACUGUGGUUUACUUCCACAGACUCCAGUUCACUCUGCAGUGUUUGGAGCAGUGUUUCCAUGCUGAAGGGAACGGUCUUCCUCGUGAGACACUUCACACAGAAGAAUACAAGGUCCUGCAGAAUCACCUGCUGCUGAACUCGAUGAGCUGCCAGCAGCUGAUGGAGAAGUUCUUCGAGAGGAAAGUCUGGGAGCAGAAAGUGUGUCAUGGUGAGAAAUACGGAGCGGUGACUCUCAUCAUCUCGUAUCAUCGAUCAGACGGGAAACUGCAUGUAGAAGUUCUGAACGCCGUAAACCUGAUCCCCCUCGACUCCAACGGUUCCAGUGACCCGUUUGUUCAGUUGUCUCUGGAGCCGAAACACGUUUUCCCGCAGGCGGAACCGCGGACCACCAAGAUCAUAAACCGGGACCUCAACCCCCUGUUCGAGGAGUCAUUCGAGUUUGCGGUGACGCUAGAGCAGUGCCAGUCUCCGGGGGCGUGUCUGGUGGUUACGGUUCUUGAUCACGACACUCUUCGCACCGACGAUUUCGAAGGAGAGGCGUUCCUGUCCCUGAAGGCGGUGCCUGGAGUCGCGGGAGGAGGAGCUCCGGACCCCACCCCCGCUCAGAUCCGCCUCCCCCUGCUGCACCCCAAACCCAACAGUGAAACCACGCUGAAGCUGCUGGAGGCUCGGCGAGGAGAACGCGAGGCUCAGGCUUUCGUUAAACUGCGGCGACAGAGAGAGAGACAGUCUCAGGAAACCUGUAAAAAACAAGAAUGAGGAGAAAGAAGAAGAAGAAGCCGGAUCCAAACACCUUAUUCUGCACAGCAACAAUGAGAAGAACUUUAGUUUAGUUUACUGUAAGCUGGAACUUUCAGCAUAGCAAAAGACCACUGAUAUACAGUAACAGCCAAAAGUUUGGACAGUUUGGCCUUAAAAUCAGUGUUUUCUCAUUAUUUUAAAAUGUUCUGUAUUGUAGAUUAAUACUAAACUCACUUAAACUAUGAAGAAAAACGUAUUAAAAUUAUUUAGUAAACAAAAAAGUGUUAAACAAAACAUAAUAUGAUCUAUAAUUUAUAAUUUACAUUCUUCAAAGUAUCUCCUCUUGUUUAGAUGAUCAGUUCUGAACAUCUCUGCUGGAUUUUCUCAGUCAGUUUUAUGAGGUAGAGUCUCCUGGAAUUCAGGCUUUCAGUUAACAGCUGUGCUGAACUCAUCAAGAGUUAAUUACUUGAAUUUCUUGUCUCUUAAUAAAGUGUUUGAGAGCAUCAGUUAAAGUAAAGUAGUGAACAGGUAGAG